GGACAAUCCGGUAACUUCAAGUUCCUGGGGAAGCAGCUAGACUCCUUUAUAUGCAAACCUAGGUUUCCGGCGCACUUCUUCGUGCUUCUCAUCUACUCAAUGCGAUUCGUGGCUCUGCGUUUCUCAGUGGUUACGUUGGCCUGAGUUUUCAUUUGUAAGCAAAAGACAAUGGCAAAGAAGAAGAAUCCCCUAGUUUUUAUGGACGUCUCUAUAGAUGGGGACCCCGUUGAAAGAAUGGUUUUUGAGCUAUUCCAUGACAUUGCUCCCAAGACUGCAGAAAAUUUCCGUGCACUAUGUACAGGAGAAAAGGGAGUCAGUACAAGUACGGGAAAGCCACUGCACUACAAGGGCUCCUUCUUUCAUCGCAUUGUAAAAGGUUCCAUUGUGGAGGGAGGUGAUUUUGUCAAUCGAAACGGUACCGGUGGAGAAAGCAUAUAUGGCUCAAAUUUCCCAGAUGAGUCACCUAGGCUUAAGCAUGAUGCACCAGGUCUCCUGUCAAUGGCAAUUGCUAAUCGUGACACUCUUGGUUCUCAUUUUAUAGUCACAUUGAAAGCUGAUCACCAUCUUGACAGGAAGCAUUUGGUCUUUGGGAAACUUGUUCAAGGACUUAAUAUAUUGAAGAAAAUUGAAGAUGUGGGUGAUGAAGAAGGGCAUCCAACUGUAACUGUUAAAAUCAUUAAUUGUGGUGAAUAUAAUGAAGAUGGAAAGAAGAUGAAUAAAUUGACUUCUGAAACCAAUAAUCAUGAAGCACGGCGGAAGGGAAAGCACAAAAAAUCUUCAAGAGACAGAAGGAGAAGGAGAAAAAGAUACUACUCAUCUGAAUCAGAGAGUUCUUCGGAUUCAGACAUGGAAUCAUCAGACUCUGAUAGUGAUUCCGACUCGGAUCUGUCAUCAUCAUCUUACAUAAGUUCUUCCAGUGAUGACAGGCGGAAAAAGAGAAAAAGAUCUUCUAGGAAAGACAAACAUAGACGCCGAAAAAGGAGGGAUAGGCGUCGUGACAAGAGGAGAAGGAGACGAGAUAAAAAAUCAAAGCGCAGAUCUAGAAGGGAUUCGGACAGUAUUUCUGAUUCAGAUAGUGAAAGCAAAAGUGACAGCAGCUCUGAUGGUGAAAGUCUUGAUGUUCAAGGGAAGGAGCAAAAGCGACGAGAUUAUUCUGUGAAAAAUGCUGAAGUUCAAUCUCCUUUAGCUGGGGAUAGAGAAGUACAUCCCAUGCAUCAUAAAAGGAGGGACGAAGUGGAUGUGCCAGAGAAUGAGGAAGCAUCCCUUAAAGAAAAUGGAGAACGACAUAGCAAUGGUAUUGGAGCUGACUCUAGAUCUGACAGAAGUGACGAGAGGCAGCCUGAUGUGAUGGAUGAUAAUCCAGGCAAAUCUAGGAAUCGAAGCAUGAGUCCCAAGAGGGCUAUGAGCAAGAGUAUGAGUAUUAGUCCCAGGAGAAGUGAGAGCAAGAGCCCAAGUGCUAGUCCAGAAAGGAAGAUUAGCAGAAGUCCUAGUGGUAGUAGAAGCCCUCGAGCUCCAUCCAGGAGGAGUUUCAGCAGAAGCCCUGCCAGGAGCAACAGUAGAAGCCCAAGCAGAAGCAUCAGCAGAAGCCCAGUGAGGGGUAGGAAAGGUAGAAGUGUCAGUAGGAGCCCUGUGAGAACUCGCUCACGUAGAAGUGUCAGUGAGAGUCCUGUCAGAUCCCCAUCUCAUAGCCGCCGAAGCAGGAGUUCACCUAGAAUAUCAUUACGAAGAUCUGUCAGUAGAAGCCCUGUAAGGGUUUCAAGGAGGAGUAUAAGCAGGAGUCCUGUUAGAUCUUCUGCAAGGAGCUUGAGCAGAAGCUCAGGCAGGGUCCCCUCAAGGAGAGGUGUCAGCCGAAGUCCUGUGAGGGCUCCUAGCAGAGGGAAUCGUCGCAGCUAUUCUAGGAGCCCCAGUCCUGUUCGAAGGCCAAGGUCAUCUCGGGGGUUAUCUAGGAGCAUCUCUCCUGAUGUAUCCCCAAAGCGUAUCAGAAGGGGAAGAGGUUUUAGUGAGAGGUACUCUUAUGCAAGAAGAUAUCGAACUCCUUCUCGAUCUCCUGUGAGGUCUUAUCGUUACAAUGGAAGAAGCGACCGGGACAGAUAUUCUAGUCACAGAAGGUAUUCCCCUAGGCGUCACAGAAGCCCCCCACCUCGAGGAAGAACUCCACCCAGGUACCGAAGCAGAAGAAGUAGGACUCCCUCAGUAUCUCGCAGCCCUCGCUAUCGUGGUCGUCGCUAUAGCAGAAGCAUAAGCCGAAGCCCAGUUCGGAGUCAUUCCCCUGUUGAGCCAUAUCGAUCUCGUGCUUCUCCUCGCAUAGAGAAGCGCAGGUCAUCUUCUCGAAGUCGAAGCCACAGCGCAUCACAAUCGAGGUCUUCUGUUGAAUCACAGUCUCCUCAGAGGCCAAGUAAAGACAGAUCAAGGUCAUCCUCCCAAAGCCCAGACGGAAAGAAAGGCUUGGUCUCAUAUGGCGAUGGUUCUCCAUAUUCAGACGAAAGGUGAUCAUGUGGGCCUCAGGGUCCUUGAUGGAGGGUUAAAUUUAUAAUCUGCACCUGAUUGGCUUGAUUUAUAUGCGUAGUUUGAACGAUAUCUACUAGAAUAAGUUCAGGUACUCCUCCCUUUAGGGUGCGGUUUGAGUAAGAGGUCUUUGCUUGAGGCAGCUAGUUUGGGAACCUAGGUUAUAUUAUGUUGUAGUGAUUACAUGCUUGAACUGGAUUUUCAAAUUUUGGCUAGAUUUUUACUAGUUCUGGUUAACAUUUUCCAACCAGAAAAUAUGCAUCUAUUUCUUUGAUCUGGAA